AUGCUUUUUCGGGCCCAACGACGUAUUUUCACCCGGGAGAAUGUUAUACUCGCACGCUGGGUCCACUCUAAAGUCACUGCGAAGACCAUUGAUUUGGCACAUCCCCUCCAAUUGAACAGUGUCAAGCCACUACCUCAUCGCGAUACUGUUCCUCUUGUGUGGCACGAGUUCAAGCACUCGAAGAAGUUUGAGUAUAAGUUCAGUAAACCUAUAGUAUUAUUGCAUGGGCUCUUUGGAUCGCUGUCAAAUUAUAGGUCUGUGGGAAGAAGACUCAGUCAUUUAACCAGCCGACCAAUUUAUGGUAUUGAUCUUCGCAACCACGGAGAUUCUCCACAUGCCCAGCCAUUUGAUUACGAGACCCUCGCCAAUGAUGUAGUGAAGUUGAUGAAACAAGAAAAUUGGACUGGGGCCACUUUGAUUGGCCAUUCAAUGGGUGCGAAAACGGCCAUGAUUGUUGCACUAAAACUGCCCGAAUUGGUUUCACAACUUAUUGUGGUGGACAAUGCUCCUGUGGCUGCUCAGCUUGACCCACAGUUCCAUAAUGAUCUAAUAGGGUUAGCUCACGUCCAGCACUCAAAAUUUGAGCCAAAUACUCCACUGUCGCAGAUGCUUUCAAAGGCUCGCACAAUUAUAGGUCCGUACGAACCUGACCAUCUUGUCCAGACAUUCUUACUUAGCAACUUAAGAGCAUCAGCCACCGGCUCCAACCUUCGCAUACCAGCGUUGGAGAUGCUCAAGUAUGAUAUUAUAAGAGAUAUGGGCUCCUGGCCAAAUAUUCAUGCUACCUAUCCUGGCCCUACGUUUAUUAUGCACGCUAAAUAUUCGCCAUUUGUGACAGAGGCGAAUUUGCAAGUUGAUUUCCCGCAAUACUUUUCCAAUUUCAAGCUGAAACAAUAUGACUGUGGCCAUUGGAUUGUGAGCGAACGUCCGGAAGAGUUCGUUAAAGAUGUGAUUCAGUGCAUUUCUUAG